AGGCAAUCCACGUGACGUCAUCGCGUUUCCUGAGGACCGCAACCCAGCCCAACCGGAAGACAACUGAUGUGUUGUUGAUGCUAACUGGCUCAACACUGACUUUAUCUAACACAUUAAUAAAAUGCCAUUAUUUGAUGGGUUGGGAAGUGGAGGAGAGAAGACUGCCAUCGUUAUUGAUUUAGGAGCAGCUUACACAAAAUGUGGCUUUGCGGGGGAAACGGGGCCCAGGUUCAUAAUUCCGAGCGAGAUCCGGAAACCGGGACAGCAGCAGGCCAUCAAAGUUGUUCAGUACAACAUCAACACAGAAGAGCUUUAUGUCAUCCUCAAAGAGUUUAUCCAUUUAUUGUACUUCAGGCACCUGCUGGUGAACCCUCGAGACAGAAGAGUGGUCAUCAUCGAGUCCAUCCUCUGCCCGUCUCACUUCAGAGAGACGCUCACCAAGGUUUUCUUCAAACAGUUUGAGGUGCCCUCUGUGCUGUUUGCCCCAAGUCACCUCAUGGCCAUCAUGACUUUGGGCAUCAACUCUGCUCUUGUGAUGGACUGUGGCCACACAGAGACGCUGGUGCUACCUGUUUAUGAGUGCACUCCUAUUCUGCCAGCUUGGGAGGCCUUGCCUUUGGGAGGGAAAGCCAUCCAUAAAGAAUUAGAUGGACUUCUUGUGGAACUGUGCACUGUGGACACAGACACCACCACUGGGCAGAGUGUACCAGCUGCCAUUGGGACCAUCCCAGAGGAGACUGUGGAGGAUAUCAAGGUCAGAACAUGUUUUGUCAGUGACCUGCAGAGAGGUCUCAAGAUCCAGGAAGCCAAAUUUAACCUGGAUGGUACAGCUGAACGUCCAGCCCCUCCUCCAGAUGUUGAUUAUCCUCUGGAUGGUGAGAAAAUCCUGCACGUCAACGGAUCGAUCAGGGACUCUGUGAUGGAGAUCCUUUUUGAACAAGACAAUGAAGAGAAGAGCGUGGCCUCUCUGAUACUUGAUGCUCUGGUCAAGUGCCCCAUUGACACCCGUAAGGUGCUCUCGGAGAACCUGGUGGUGAUCGGAGGCACGGCCAUGCUGCCGGGUUUCCUGCACCGCCUGCUGGCGGAGAUACGCCUCCUUGUGGAGAAACCCAAGUACAGCGACGUGCUGGCCAGCAAGAGCUUGCGUAUACACGCUCCACCUGCCAAACCCAACUGCACCGCCUGGCUCGGAGGUGCUAUCUUCGGGGCGCUGCAGGACAUCCUGGGCAGCAGGUCGGUGUCACGAGACUACUACAACCAGACAGGCCGCAUCCCAGACUGGUGCUGCUUGAGCUCCCCUCCUCCUGAAUCUCUCUACGAAGCAGGAAAGACGCCUCCACCACUUAUGAAGAGAGCCUUCUCCACAGAGAAGUAGAAUGUGCAGUAACACAAUUCAAAUAAUGUACUCUCUUUUACUCGCCGUAAUAGAUCAGUUCAGUAAUCUUAAAUGUAACAUUUCAUGUGUUGACUACACGAAACAGCUGUCUAGUAGUCCCACGUACGUUGUUGUAUGCACCCACUGUGGGCUGUUUGACGAUCAGGUGAGCUGGUUUCUGACCUCACCAGACAGAACAGAUAUUGGGGAUUUUAGGUGGUUACAUUGAUAUUCUACAAGAAUCACGGUGUUAGAAUUUCAAAUAGGUUCUCCAGCCGUGUCUUUGGUUUCAUUUGAAGUCUCAUUGAGCAAGACUGAACCUAUACUCACUUUAACGCCACUUUGUUUUGGAUUUUGUUGGCAGAUGAUUACCAAAUUGAGCUUAAGUCAUCCAAUUGUCAGCAAAACUGCAGAAAAUGUUGCUAAACUUUGGAAAAAGCAGACAUUAUUCUAGUAGGGUGUGUGAUUAAGUGUGGUGAUCUGAGUGUUUUUUUACGGUAAUGUCCCAUGAAGUCCCCCCCCAAAAAAACAAACAAAAAACAUGUCACUUAUUUAUUAUAUCGCUGUGUUUAGCGGUUGUUGAACUCAAUAAAAUUCCUGUACACUCACACAGUUAUUCCAGCUAAUAACGGCUUUUCAUGUAAAAAUGUAGCACAUGUAACAGGAGGGUCAGAGAUAUGUGAGUCAGUGUUGAUCUGAACACAUCCACACUGUCCUGAGCGGUGGUCUGAUCAAGCUAAAUGAUUGAAACCACCUGUGUGUGUCAACCAUAGUAGUUGUUGUUGUUUACAGACUAAAACAUCUUCCAAACAAUGUCAUCUUGAUCUGUAACCUUUAAAUCCAACUACUGCAACAAAUAAAUAUUCAGAAUCUAAUCAGA